AUGGUGGUUGGGAGUAGUACUGUAUCAAUUUUCUUCUCUUCUACCUUACUUCUUCUUCUUUUGGCUGUAUUUCCAUUUGGUUCAAAUUCUGAGGAUCUAAAAGCUUGUAAGUUGGAUUCCAUAUUUCAGUUUGGUGAUUCCUUAGCUGACACUGGAAAUCUAAUUAGAGAGAACCCUUCAACUCCUUUCUCUCAUCUUCCUUAUGGCCAAACUUUCUUCAACAAACCCACUGGAAGAUGUUCUAAUGGUCUACUUAUGGUUGAUUAUUUUGCUUUGGCAGCUGGACUUCCUUUGGUGAAUCCCUACCUACAAAAGAAGGCAUCUUUCGUUCAUGGAGUGAAUUUUGCAGUGGCUGGUUCUACCGCUUUGCCUUUAGACGUUCUUGCUCAAAACAACAUCACAUCUCCUGUUACCAACACUUCUCUUUCUAAACAACUUGAUUGGAUGCAUUCAUAUCUCAAUACUAUUUGUUCUAACAAAAGAGAUGAUUGUACUACGAAGUUAAAGCAUGCACUAUUUUUUAUGGGGGAGAUUGGAGGAAAUGAUUAUAACUAUGCUCUAUUUGAAGGAAAGACUGUUGCUGAAGUAAAAAACAUGGUACCUCGAGUUGUACAAACAAUAAUGGAUGCAACUAAAAGGGUAAUUGAUUAUGGAGCUACUCGAGUUAUUAUUCCUGGACACUUUUCAAUGGGAUGUCUACCAAUCUACCUCACUGGCUUUCAAACCAAUGAUUCAACUGCAUACGACAAGUUUCACUGUUUAAAGGAUUUCAACGGUUUAGCAAGUUAUCAUAACAAAAAGUUAAAGCAAGCUAUAAAGUUGUUGAGAAAAGAGAAUCCAAAUGUGAUAAUUGCAUAUGGUGAUUAUUAUAAUGCGUUGUUUUGGGUUUUUCAACAUGCUUCUUUGCUGGGAUUUGAUGAAACAUUUCUACAAAAGUCUUGUUGUGGAACGGGAGGUGAUUACAACUUUAAUGUCAUGCAAAUAUGUGGACUUCCGAGAGUACCUGUUUGUUCUAAUCCUGAUAAACAUAUUAGUUGGGAUGGAAUUCAUUUAACACAAAAGACUUAUCAAAUCAUGGCACAUCGGCUCAUGCGUGAUAUAUCGCCAAAGUUUCGUUGCGGAAGUAACUGAAUUAGUUUAGUUUAAAGCUCUCAAAUCAAGAAAAGCUCAAAGUUGAA